AUGUUAAAGAUCCGAGAUUUUGAGUUUGUGAAGGUCGUGGGGGAAGGAGCCUUUGGGAAAGUAUACCUAGUGAAACUCAAGAACAAUCCAUCAUCCAUGUUUGCAAUGAAGAUGCUUGAUUUUGAUGAAAUCCUCAAGCAAAGAUUGGCAGAUCAACUUGAGAGCGAGAUCUCAAUUCUGAAGAGGCUUUAUGGAUGCCCGUUUAUUGCAAAGCUAUACUCGACUGAUUUCCACUGUGGAAAGAUAGGGCUCAUUUUAGAGUAUGUUGGAGGAGGAGAGCUGUUUUAUUGGCUCAAGAAGUGUGGAAGGUUUGAUGAGAAGAUGACACGGUUUUAUGCAGCAGAGAUAGUUUCUGCCCUGAGGUUUAUACAUGGAAAAGGCAUACUCUACAGAGAUCUGAAGCCUGAGAAUAUAUUGAUCACAUCUUCUGGGCAUAUAAAGUUGAUUGAUUUUGGAUUUGCUGUUUAUGAAAACGAGAGUAUAUACAUGAUUUCAGGGACACCAGAAUACAUGUCACCGGAAAAGUUAAGGAGUGAGGAUGACGGGCGUGCAAGUGACUACUGGGGGCUUGGGGUUAUUAUUUAUGAAAUGUUGUGUGGAGACCCGCCGUUCUAUGAUGCAAGUGCAGACACGAUAUAUCACAAGAUACUUGAGUCUCAGGUUACUUUUCCCUCUUAUGUAAGCCCUAUAGCAAGAAGUUUGAUAGCAGGGCUAUUAGAUAAAAGCAGAGCAACCAGGCUAGGAGCCAAAGGAAUAUGUGAAAUAAUGGGACAUCCCUUUUUCAAAGGAAUAGAUUGGGAAGAGGUUGAGAAUAAGAGGGUUCCGCCUCCGUUUGUUCCAAAUCCAAGCAUUCUUAUGAACUUCUUGGAAGAGAAUACUAAAGCCAAGGAUAUGAAAGGUAUGGAGACAGUUGUUCUAAGGCCUUAUAAGCAUAUUAAGCACUUUCAAAGAGACCAGGCUGCAAAAGGAUUGUAA